AUGGCCGACAACGAUGCAUUCCAGCCAGUCAUUAUUGGCGAUUCCAGUGAAUUUUUAUCUCCCACACGAAAGGGAGAGAAGCGUGAGUCUUUAGAUGUUGAUCUCGCUCCAAAACAAAGACUAUCAAGAGUUACUUACCCUGAUCUUGACAACCUCGUUAAAGACACAAUGGAUAGAUUCUCAAAUCUAGAAAUAUCAAAUCAAACAUAUCGAAAACAUUCUACAGGAAAUCGUAGCCAAUCUGUGAGCUCUGAAGACGUUCCACCAUUACCCAAAAGACCUCCACCUCAGUCCUCCAAAUCAUUCAGCUUUUCUGAAUCGUCAUCUCUAACUCCAUCUAGAUGUGUCGUCACCGAUUUAGAUCAAGCGAUGCAGCAACGUGAUGAACAAAAACUUCAAGCAUUGUUCGGAGAUAAUCUUCCAAAUAAAUCACCAAAGGAAAACACUUCUGAAAAGAAAAGCAAAAAAACCGUACCAGAUGAUGAACUUGAAACAGACUUAGAUGACAUAGGAGAUGAUUUUAAACUUUCUAAUAUUCUAACAAAAUCUCCAGCAGAAGAAGUGAAAGCUUCUCCAGAGCCAAAGCCAAAACUAAAAGCUGACAUACGAAAAAAAGAUUACUUUAUGCCGACUGAAAAUUUAGAAGAUGCUGUAAAAUGGCCUGAAAAUUGUCCCAGGAUUCUUAGAUUUGGUCAAAAAGAAGUUUUUGAAGGUCAGAUGUUAUUACGAUGGUUCAGUUCUGCUAUUUCUAAAGAUCAUUAUUUACAUUUGAUCUUAACUAAACAUGAUAUCAGAGUUAUCUUCUCUCAGUUUACUACCUAUUUAUUAGCUGCUGGUGUUAUAUGUGAACAUGAUCCAGGUCCGCUCCAUACUGUUUUUAAGGUGAAUGUUACACAACACAAGAAAGAAUGUCAAAGAACUCAAAAGUAUAUCUGA